CAAAUUGGGCUGCCCUCCCUGCAAAGCACGCAGCACCGCUGGCGACGUUGCUGGCGACUCGGCUGGCCACUUUGCCGGCGACUUUGCCCGUCCGUUCCCAAAUUGUUUCUGCUUUGUCGAAUGGCCGGCAACAGCAGCUCGCUGGUGGGGAGCGGUGACCUUCAAGCCAGGUCUGACUUCAACACCAUCGUAAACUUUGUCCAAGUUCUGAUCGCCGUCUUCCUCGCCGUCAACGUCUUCCAGCUGGUGGCUUUGUUCUCCAAGGAGCAGUUCACGUCGUCCACGCGCUACAUCCUGUUCGGCAACAUGCUGCUCAACGACUGCUGGUUCCUGCUGGUGAGCAACCUGCUGCUCCUCUUCUACUUCUUUGGCGUGGCCACCGAUCUGUGGCUGUGCAUGCUCAUCUACUUCUUCCUGGCCAUCUCCAACAUGGCCACGGCGUGCACCUUGACCGCCAUGACCCUGGAGCGCUACGUGGCCGUGUGCGUGCCCCUGCGGCACGCCGACCUGUGCUCCGGCCGGCGAGUCCUGGGCGCCGUGGCGCUCAUCGGCGCCGUGAGCUCCGUACCUUGCGCGGUGUUCUUCGCGGCCAUCCUCCCGUCGGUGAUCCGCAGCGACUUUACGGAGGAGCUCAGGUGCACCAUUCAAACGCUAGAAGCGUACCCGUGGCACAACUAUCUGAGGUCGGCCAUGUUUUUCCUGUACUUCAUGGCCAUGGCCGGCGUCAUCGUCUUCUGCUACGUGCGCAUCAUGAAGGCGGCCUACGCGGCGUCGGCCGGGGACCGGGCGGCGUCCCGGAAAGGUCUGGGCACGGUGAGCCUUCACGCCUUUCAGCUGUUCCUGUGCCUUUUGUACCUGCUGAUCCCCAUGGCGGAGAAGGCCAUCGAGGGCCAGAAUGACGCCUUGUUCCGAUACAUCCGCACCUUCAACUACGUGGUGUUGAUUCUCGCCCCGCGCUGCCUGAGCCCUUUGGUCUACGGCCUCAGGGAUGAGAUGUUCUUUAAGGUGCUCAAGUCGUACGUGCUCUGCAGGCGUGCGAGGCAGGAAAGGCGGCUUGUAAGUUGUUGCCGCAGGCGCCGCUGUUCAUGGCUUUCCAAGACGUAAAAGGGAACGAUCGUACGCAAGUCACCUUUUGUUCGUAUCUUCAGAAAAGACGAAAAGCUGCUCAUCAAAUCCAAAGUGCAACAUUUGAAUAGACUUGUCUGAGCCCGUCUGGUUUCAUGCCUGCACUAUUCUGAUUGUGUGUCCAUGCUCUCAAUGUUGCCUCAUGUCUUGUGUGUAGUUACAGAAUAAAAUC